AUGGGGGCCAUUUCAUUGGUGCUAUCCCGCAUUGUCAUCUUUAGCCCACAGAAGACAGAUGCCACAGAGGUUUUCAAGGAUGCUUGUAUUUCUCUCAUCAAAGAAUGUCUUAAUGUCUUGAAGAAGAAUGUUAUCGAUGACCUCUGUGGGGGCAUAACUCAUCAAGUAAAGCUGAAGGGGAGGAGCAGGAGUAGGAAGAAAAGUGGAUCUUUGAAAGCUUGCAGAGAUUUCCUGGAAGAACUGGAGGGGACUCACGACCUGGUUUCACUUCUGCAAAGCUGCCUGGGGAGGCUUCCUGGCAAGGGCAACUUUCAUCAGCUCUCAUGUCAAGACCCUCCUGGUGAGACGUGCAAAGCCGUGCCUGCUGGAGCCUGUGGAAGAUACUGCUUGAAGGGUUGGGAACCCUGCGUGAACACCUCCUGUAGGGUUUCCUUCCUUGAUCCAGACACUCGAGAGGUGCUGGAAGCACAUAUUAAAAGGUUUUGGGUAAAGCACAGGUGGACCCUACCCCUCAAGGUCCUCAAGCCCAUAAAUCUCUUUAAGUCGAAAAAGUGCCAACCCUCCACCGUUCUGCAGUUUGCCACUUCCCCUUCAGCCACCUGUGUGUCUGGGUCCCACUCAACAGUCAAGUUUGCUGAGUUCCUGGAGAAACCUCCUCGGGCUCAUUCAGGAGAUAAGGUGAUAACAGAAGAGUCAGUUCCUACCCUGAAGAGGCCUCUCCUUGUCCCCUCAACUGUGUGUAAGGAAAUCCAGAGUACCCUGGGAGCGGUUCCAUCUAUUGACUACCAUGGGCCCUCAAAGGCUUCUCUGACUGGACAGGAGGGCAGGCCACCUUCUCAGUCCCUCACACUCAGCCUUGUGGGCAGAACCUGGAAGAGUGAGAGUGUGGAAUGGGUCAAGAGGGACAGCCUAGAGCCAGGUCCAAUUUCAGCAACGGUCAGGAAUGAGCCAAGAGAGGAGAGUGGUGGUCAGGCCUCACGAGACCCCUGCCAUAGGGUAACAGUGAUGGAGGUGAACUUAGGAUCCCAAUCUUUGAGAGGUGAAGAGGCCAGGGAGGCUGUGGAGGCCAAGGAGUCUCCUGCUCUUCAACCACAGUCUAGUGUUAUCCUGGAAACCAAAGUGUUGACAAAAUCCCAAACCACAAAUGUACAUAUGAGGAGUUUAGAGGCGCCAGGGGCCAGUAGAAGUUUUCUACUACCUAGACUGUCUGUUUUCCAACAUCCAGGUGAGCCAUGCCUUAACAUGGAGGUUGCUAGUGAGUUUAACUCCAAAGUAAAGGUACAGUCAGACAACCAGCUUCAGGACUUUCCCAAACACAGGUUCCUUGCUGCAGACAACUUGGCUUCUCAGGUGCCUCAGUGCCAUCCCCAGAGAGUCCCCACCAGAGACAGGUUAGCUUCCCAGGAGCCAAGUGGCCUUGUGGAAGCCCAAAGGAGCCACCUAGGGCAGCAGGAGCCCAAAACUUCAAAACUCCAAGACUCAUGGAAGAGCCAGAGCAAGAUGAUUGCCCCUACUUACAAAAGAGAGGACUGUAGGAGGCAUAAACCAGGAGAGCAUGAAGAAAGGUUUAAAGAAUUAGGGACCUCUCAAGCUGGAAGUAUGAGCCGCCCUGCCCAGAUCAGGGGAAUAACAGACUCUCUUGGGAGCAGAUGUCUCCAGCUCAUGCCAGAGAAGAAACAUAGCCCUCCAGAAAGCCUCUUCAGAAAAAGGAUGAGGCUAUUUUUAAAGUGGAUUUUCCCCAAGAAAAAAGUCAAUGGUCGAGAUGCUCUGCAAAAAAAAAAGCCCAUAUCAGCCACUGCCCAGAGUCACGGAUCCGUCAAAAGCAGAUCAACCUUGAAGAGUGGGACUGCUGAGGGUCGGGCAGGCAUGACAGCUGUUGGACAGAUCGUAGAAGAAAAAAGAGCGAUUCACCAUGGACUUCAUGCCACAAAGUUAAACGAACACAGACUGGAGUUCCAAGUCCCAGUAUGUGGGGGUUUCGGCUGCCAUAGGCUUACCUCCUACCCAGAGCAAGGGAGAAUGAUGGGUUCUACAGCCUGCAGUCAUAAAGCCACCUCCAAGGGCCAGAGUUGUCCUAUCAGGGAAAGGGAAGUCAGACACCAACAUAGUUUGAAAAGUGUAAGGUUCGACGAUGAGCAGCUGGGCCUAAGGUGCCUCCCAUCCUUGCCCCCCAAGAAGAGUUUGUUUCCAGUUAGUACCUGCCAGUAUGGGCCAAGGAUUCCAGGUGCCCCAGCCUGCCAUCAACACUACUGUCCAAGGCAUUGUCAUCUUUGGGGAGGUGUCUUGCCUGGUCGACAGUAAAAUCCUUCUUUAGUCUUCCCUUUAGUAGGAAAACAUGUCUCCAAGUAAAAAUUCAGUCCAUGUAGAGAAAAUGAUUUUCUCAUUAGCACAUCCAAGAUAUUUAAUGU